CAGAAUCGUGUGUAUUUAGUGUCCGGCUAUCAAAGUCCUGAUCUACUGAAUCUUCGCGCUUUUAAAUUCAAAAUAUCUCGCUCCAAAAAAUGAUUCCUAAAUAAAAAACUUUUUACCCCAACAAAUAUAAAAAUAUAUGACAAAUUUUCUGGUAAAUCUUUCAGUAAAAAAAUGAAAAAUUGAAUAAAGUAAAAAAAGUUAUUGUGAAAUUUAAAAAAACUUUGAAUUUAAAAUUUUGAAAAUCAAUAAUGGCGGCAAUUAAAUGGACGAUUUUUCAGACAAUAGUGGUGUUGAUUUGUAUAAAUUAUGUUAAAUGUGGUAGUGAAAUUUACGCAAAAAUGUACUCGAGCCAAGCGAUCCCCUCAGACCCCUGUUACGACGAAGAUCGUCCGCGACGUUGCAUCCCCGACUUUGUAAACGCGGCAUUCGGUCGCGUUGUCGAGGCGUCAUCGACAUGCGGUACCGGUGGACCGACACGUUACUGCGAUGUCCAGGAACCCCAUACGGGUGUCACAGGAGUGGGUCAAUGUCACGUCUGCGAUGACACAACACCGCGGCGGCGUUUUCCCGCGAGUCACCUUACAGAUUUAAAUAAUCCAAAUAACGUCACCUGCUGGCGCAGCGAGCCCUUGGUUUCCUCUCAGAGCUUCAAUGCCCCACCAGACAACGUCACUCUCACCCUUUCACUGGGUAAAAAGUAUGAAUUGACGUACGUUAGCUUACAGUUUUGUCCAAAGGCUGCCAAGCCAGACUCAAUAGCUAUUUAUAAGUCAACUGAUUAUGGUAAAACAUGGCAACCGUUUCAGUUUUACUCAUCCCAGUGUCGUAAAGUUUACGGGAGACCAAAUCGUGCGACGAUAACCAAAGCUAAUGAACAGGAAGCACGUUGUACUGACAGCCACAGAUUUACUGGGGGCGAUGGACUGGGACCCGCUGGUAGAAUCGCCUUCAGUACUUUGGAAGGCCGACCGUCCGCCGCGGACUUUGAUAACUCUCCGGUGCUUCAGGACUGGGUCACUGCUACGGACAUUCGGGUUAUUUUUAACCGGCUCCAUAUUCCCCAACCGGAGCUCAGUGCAGAGGAUCUGGGGAUCGAGGAACUGACCAAGCGGGAGCGCGAAAGGGAGGAGAAGCUCAAGAACCAUAAGAAUAAUUUGCUGCAUGGAGGAGUUGAUCCUCAUGUCACGGUCCUGCCGUCGGUCCACCAGGUCCUGUCACCCCAGGCACAGGAAAUGCACUCAAAUGACGCUUUGGAUAUCGAGGAGAUGAAUUUCCAGCCGGACAUAUCGCCCACUACUAUUGUUAUGGCGACCAGUGGAACUGCGCUGGCUCAUCACUACGCCGUUUCAGACUUGGCCGUUGGCGGCAGGUGCAAGUGUAAUGGACAUGCAUCUCGUUGUUCUAUGGGUAAAGAUGGUGAGGUUGCUUGUGAAUGUAAACAUAAUACUGCUGGUAGAGAUUGUGAGAGAUGUAAACCUUUUCAUUUCGAUCGACCAUGGGCCAGAGCUACCGCUAAAGAUGCUAAUGAAUGUCAAGUAUGCAACUGUAAUCUUCACGCCCGAAAAUGCCGUUUCAAUGUGGAACUAUACAAGCUGUCGGGACGUGUAAGCGGAGGCGUAUGUCUGUCAUGUAGACACUUUACUGCAGGAAGACACUGCCAUUACUGUCGUGAGGGCUACUACAGAGAUCCAACAAAACCGAUCACCCACCGCAAGGCUUGUAAACCAUGUGAUUGUCACUUAAUUGGAGCAUCAGGAAAAACAUGCAAUCAAAGUACAGGUCAAUGCCCUUGCAAAGAUGGUGUGACUGGUACCACCUGUAAUAGGUGUGCCAGAGGUUAUCAACAGAGUAGGUCUCACAUCGCACCGUGUGUCAAAAUUCCGCAAGUGAUUCAGACUCAGGGAAUCGCGGGUGAAGAUAAUGGGGAACAUGAUUAUGAUGAUGGGGAUGCCGACGAACGGGGUUACGAUGGACGAGCUGAACGUUGCGGAAAAUGCCCAUCAACAACACGAAGACUAAAUCUAAAUAAAUAUUGCAAGAGAGAUUACGCUAUUCUCGGUAGAGUUACCGGAAGAUACAAGAGUAAUGAGGUAUCAAGUGGUAGUGCUACAGGCAAUUCCUUUGCCAGAUUCACACUAAAUGUUGAUUUGAUCUACAAACGAAACGAGGAUUCCAAGAUUAAACGCGGCCCUAUUCCACUCUACGUACACAAUGAGGAUCUUGCUUGCAGAUGCCCCAAAAUAAAGCCAAAUAAGUCUUACUUAUUUUUAGGACAAGAAGAAGACGGAGUCGGCAAAAACGGACUAACGGUAACGCCAAAAUCAAUCGUUAUUGAAUGGCGAGAUGAGUGGCACCGCCGAAUGCGUCGAUUUCAACGCAGAUCACGAGCAUGUAAUUAAAUUAUUUUAUA